UUCUCCUCAGCUAGCUAUCAGAAUUGAGAAAAAUGGAUGAGUUAAAGCUCGCCGGAGCAAAUUCCUGCCCACUCACGCCGCUAGGAUUCCUCGAAAGAGCCGCCACCGUUUACGGCGACUGCAAAUCCAUCAUCUACAAUUCCAUCACCUACAACUGGUCGGAAACCCACCGUCGAUGUCUUCAACUCGCUUCAUCUAUUCAAUCCCUUGGCAUCCGCAAAGGCGACGUUGUCUCCGUUUUCGCUCCCAACAUCCCCGCCAUGUAUGAACUCCAAUUCGCCGUUCCCAUGUCCGGCGCCGUCCUCAACAACAUCAACACCCGACUAGACUCUCGUACCAUAUCCUUACUCUUCCGUCACUGCCAAUCAAAACUCAUCUUCGUCGAUUGCCAAUCAUCGUCUCUUAUACUCAAAUCGAUAUCCCUCUUCCCUUCUAAUUCUCUUCGCCCCAUUCUCGUCCUCAUCGAGGACGACAGUGCUGAAAUCGAAUCCCCAAUUCCAACCCAUGAUUUUAUUUCGACUUACGAGGAUUUGGUUAAGAAAGGAGAUCCGUACUUCAACUGGGUCCGACCAAUAACCGAUUUUGAUCCGAUUGUUCUUAAUUAUACAUCUGGUACCACUUCGUCGCCGAAAGGGGUCGUUCAUAGUCACCGUGGGAUUUUUCUCAUGACAGUUGAUAGUUUAAUCGAUUGGGCGGUGCCAAAACAACCGAUCUAUUUAUGGACACUACCGAUGUUCCACGCCAACGGCUGGUGUUACCCAUGGGGAAUCGCAGCUCUGGGUGGCGUAAAUAUCUGUCUCCGGAAAUUCGACGCCGCUUCUAUUUUUGAUUCGAUCAAUUUACAUAACGUUACACACAUGUGUGGAGCACCGGUGGUCCUCAACAUGUUGUCCAACGGAAAACCGCUCCGAAAACCGAUUCAUAUUCUCACCGCCGGCGCGCCUCCUCCUUCCGCCGUUCUGUUCAGGACAGAGGCGCUGGGUUUCGUAGUCAGCCAUGGGUAUGGGCUGACGGAGACGGCUGGGUUGGUGGUUUCCUGUGCCUGGAAGGCAAAAUGGAAUAGAUUACCGGCGGAGGAUCGGGCUCGGAUGAAAGCGAGACAGGGCGUUGGGACAUUGUUGUCGACUGCGGUUGAUGUUGUGGAUCCUUUAACUGGGAAGAGCGUGAAACGGGAUGGUUUAACCCUAGGUGAGGUUGUUAUUCGAGGUGGGUCUGUAAUGUUGGGUUACUUUAGAGAUCCGAUUGGUACUUCAAAGUGUAUGAAAGAUGGGUGGUUUUACACCGGCGAUGUGGCGGUGAUGGAAGAAGAUGGGUAUUUGUCGAUUAAGGAUCGAUCUAAAGAUGUGAUAAUAAGCGGAGGAGAGAAUAUAAGUAGUGUGGAGGUGGAGUCGGUUUUGUAUACGAUUCCGGCGGUGAAUGAGGCGGCGGUUGUGGCUAGGCCGGAUGAAUUCUGGGGAGAGACACCUUGUGCUUUUGUGAGUUUGAAGGAGGGGAUGAUGAUGACGGAAAAAGAGGUGGUGGAGUAUUGUAGGGAAAGGAUGGCUCGUUUUAUGGUGCCAAAGACUGUGGUUUUCAAGGAGGAGCUGCCGAAGACCUCUACCGGAAAAAUACAGAAGUUUGUUCUUAGAGAUGAGGCUAGGGCACUGAGCUUGGGUCCACGGAAAAAGAGUAACAUGUGAACUUGGUCAGUCUGAUCCUCACUUGUUGGAUAUAUUCAAGAAAUAAAUUGUCAAUUUCUGUCA